AUGGAGCCAGACGAGUCGAUUCUAGAUCAAGAUGUUGUCAAAGCCACCGUUAAAAGCACGACGCCUCCAUUGCAGAUGAGCGAGCCGCAUGCUGCUCCUGCAAAAGACGUUUUUGACAAGCAUCGCCGUCUGGUUCAAUGGAUACUCGAUAAUGAUGGGUACCUGGAUCCCAACGCCCAAAUAGCUUUCAGCCCAAGUAAGGGCUAUCAUGUCGUUGUGGCCGACGGCGCCACCAUGGCCAAUGGAACCCGUAUCGCGAGCUGCCCGAUGCCAGCCACGAUGUCCGUGCUUAAUGCCUUGGACAUCGACCCAUUCUCCAACCAUGGAACUGAGUUCCCGAAGCCCUUCCUACGUGCACAAUGUAGGAAAUCGCCUGAGUGUUUGCAAGCUUUCUAUUUGAUGGACCAAUUGAUCCUAGGACCUACGUCGUGCUGGGCUCCUUACAUUGCCACAUUGCCGACGGUGGACGAAGUCACGGCGAUGCAGUUUGAGGAGGAGGCGGACGUGGCCUGGCUGAAUGGUACCAAUCUCAGGGCAGGCUUAUCUACACGAGCGGCAAAAUGGAAGGAAAUGUACCUGCAAGCCUCGAGUGAGCUGAGGCAACUGGGGUGGGCGAAUGCCCUCAACGGUUCCUAUACAUGGCCGCGAUUUCGUUGGGCUGCUUGGAAUUUUGGCAGUCGGUCGUUCACUUCCCAGGUCCUUGACGCCACUCUGCCAGCGGAUCUUGCGCAGCUGAAGCGCACACCCAAAGGCUACGAGUCAUACGACCUGGUCAAACUCUUUUCUGAUCGCUUUGGCGUACUUCUCCCCUUGCUAGACUUGCUCAAUCACAGGCCCGGGGCUCAGGUGGAGUGGCAAGCCCGGUACAACUUCGUGGGUCUACAGAUCCUAGAAUCGUAUGAAUCGGGGCAGGAGCUCUGCAACAACUAUGGGCCACGAGAUAACGAAGGUCUUCUCUUGGCCUAUGGCUUCACUGUCCAGAACAACCCAUUCGACCAUCUGGUCAUUAGCAUCAAAGCGCCACCCGCCUCGCCGCUCGAUGUGGCUCGGAAGGUUUGGAAACAAGAUCUCCGGUCUGAUCCAGAAAGGAGAUGCUUCAUCUUUGACUACAAGCACCCUGCGUCCACGUCAGCAAUAGCUUUGGAGUUAUCGCUGUUCUCAUUCGACUUGCUAGACAGCAUUUCUAUUCUGUGCGCCAACGAACGCGAGAUGCAGAGCAUGAAUACAAGGCGGCAGUCACUGAUGAGCUUCUGCCUCCACAACAAAUCGGCUAGAUUCGAGGAUGGCCGCAUCAUUCUAGCAACGUUGAGCCAGCUCUUAAGAGAGUGCUCUGUCCGUGCGGAGCGCCUCAGGGUCACCGACCCGGCUCGGACCGUCCUUGGCCUGAAGCCCGCGAAUGCCAAACAGCAGAAUGCCAAGAUCUAUCGAGACAGUCAGCUGGAGAUCGUGGAGACAGCAGUGGCUUUGUGCACGUUCAUACUGAAAUGUGCCAUUAGUGGGCCGUCCAGCGACGAGCAACUGUUGGUCGGUCUGCAGAACGAGGUUCCGGCGGCUGCAUUGGCGAACCUAAGGACGCUCGUAGGACGGUAUAGUCGACUUACUCGCCCUUCGGAGCUUCUCAAUUGCAACGCCGUUGUCGAGAUGGUCCCCAAUUCAGAUCUGCUCCGGAAGUGCCUAUCUGAGCUGGAACAACAUCUCCUCACAGCAGGCGCUUUUCCCGGUUCCAAAAGCCGGCUAGCAGUCGCACUCUCUGCCUUGUAUAGUGAGUAUUCCCACGGCGUCAAAUUACCUCAUAGAGUCACGGAGUGGAUAAAGCAACUGUUGGCCUGGUACCCUGUGGAUCCAACAUCAUGGGCCUAUGUUCCUUCGCCUGGUCCGUGGGAGCCAGGAGAGGAGCCGCCAACGGAGCUCAUGAGCCUCCUGACUGCACGGGCACAGCUGUCACCCAAGAUGCCUGCGGAGUCCGCUGUGAAGCGGUGGCUCAAACCAGAGAGACUAUGCUGGGGAUGGAACGUGACAGAGGAGGAGAAGGUCCCAGUUCCAUCGAGGAUUGCAGAGCCCGAAAUAGCCGGCGGCCACCAAGACGGUAACUCGACAUUAAUCUACUGGCAACGGUACUAG